AUGGAGGAGUCUGAGAAAAUUCCUAAACCAGCUCCCCGGCGGAUCUUCCAUGAGCGACAGAGGGUCACCCGGCUGCCUUUAUACUUGGAAGGUUACCUGUGGGUCCGGCAUCCAAGAUGCCAGGAUUUAGAAGUGUGUUGGACAGAGCUCAGAGGAACUACACUCUUCUUUUACAAUGAUAAGAAAGCCCCAACAUACUCACAGAAAUUAGAUAUAGCAUCUUUGAUCUCAGUAACUAAUAUCCAUCCAGAUGAAAAUGGCUUUGCACAGUUCAUCCUGAUGCUGUCGGAUGAAGAGCUAGAAGUGAAG